CCAUAAUGAGUGUUAAAACCGAUUAUAAAUCGCUAGCCAAUAGGCUAUUAACCAUAUACUCCAAGCAGGUUUUCCAAAAGUCAAUGAAGGGUGCAAAGGCAAAAGUAGCAAGACCCUAUAGCGAAUCUGACAGAAGAUUCUUACUGAACAUAAUUGGAUUAGCGAACAUAACUGAUAGCUAUAAAGAAGCUGGUGAUUUAGAUAAAGUUCUUGAUACUAUAGAUCUUGCUAAGAUAUACAGUGGAGUGGAGAAGCGAGAGCAAGAGAGUGAUAAGAAGAAAUCCAAAGACGGAAUCGAGCUUGGGUAUGAAGACUUUCUUGUAUUAGAAUUAUUGCAUUACUUCAAACAUGAUUUUUUCAAAUGGAUCACUAUUCCAGAGUGCUCUAAUUGUAAAAAUGGUUCAGAGAAUGUGGAUUCCAUCGGUAUAGAAGGGCCACCAAUCAACAAUCCCGAUGAGAUUACAAGAAUAGAAAAAUAUCGUUGUAAAACUUGUCAGAAGUCAAUUGAUUUCCCAAGAAUUAAUAGUCCUACUAAGUUAUUGCAAACGAGAGAAGGAAGAUGUGGAGAAUGGGUUAAUUGCUUUAUGUUAAUCUUGAGAGCUGUUUUGGGCGCUGAUGCCGGCAUUCGGUACGUUUGGAAUUUUGAAGAUCAUGUCUGGUGUGAAUAUUACAGUUCCGCUUUAUCAAGGUGGGUUCAUAUUGAUCCAUGUGAAGCUGUGUUCGAUGAGCCAAAUCUAUAUUGUGAGAACUGGGGUAAGAAGAUGAGUUGGGUCAUUGGUAUAAAUGAUAGCUAUAUGAUUGAUCUUAGUGAAAAAUACAUUACUUCUAUCGAGAAGAGAAUCCCAAAAACCAAUACCGUAUCAAACGUGCAGUAUAUCAAAGAUGUCUUGCAUAAAAUUAAUUGUGAUAAGCUUCUCAAAUACUACUUCGAGUAUAUUGAUCCUACAAGCUCUAAUGAAUCAGAAAAACUAAUGAGUUUAUAUAAUAAGGUAAUUCUUAUACACAAUAGAGAAAAGUUGGAAUUGAACGGGUCUAAAUCACGAAUCGAUAUGCCAUCAUCAACUAUAACAACAAAAGGUCGGCAAACUGGUGGCACCGAGUGGACAAAAGCUAGAGGUGAAGAUGGUUAAGUAACUGAAAACCUAACUCUGGAUUCCCUUGGAAUGUCUAAAGAGUUUAAGACCACACCAUGAUAUAAUCGACCACCACCAAAUUACAAUAUAUAUACACCAAAAACUCAAAACAUAAUUAUCAAGACUCUCAAAUAUGUAUGACAAUUUAUUGUGUAGCUCUUUCGAUUCUGGAUUAUACGAAAGUGGCUGAAUAACGUAAGACCAGACGCUGAAUAAUGAAUUGAAAGUAAUAAGAAACAAAAGCCAGGUUGAAAAUAGAAUUGCGUAGCCGUAGAAGGCAAGCGAUGUCGUCAGGUUUUGAUCUUGCUCAUCCGACAAAUCG